ACAGCAGCAACCAGAGAGAGAGACGCCAUGACCGCCACCCUCAGGGCCCUGCUCUGCCUCGGGCUGAGUGUGGGCCUCUGGACCCCACUGCAGGCAGGGCCCCUCCCCAAACCCAUCAUCUGGGCUGAGCCAGGCUCUAUGAUCCCCCAGUGGAGCCCCGUAACCAUCUGGUGUCAGGGGACCCUGGAGGCCCAGGAGUACCAUCUGUAUAAAGAGGGAAGCCCAGUGCCCUGGGACAGACAGAAGCCGCUGGAGACUGGGGACAAGGCCAAGUUCUUCACCACACACAUGACAAAUCUACAGGCAGGGAGAUAUCGCUGUUACUAUCGCAGUCCCACUGGCUUGUCAGAGUACAGUGACCCCCUGGAGUUGGUGGUGACGACAGGAGCCUACAGCAAACCCAGCCUCUCAGUGCUGCCCAGCCCUGUCGUGCCCUCAGGAGGAAACGUGACCCUCCAGUGUGGCUCAAGGCAGGGAUUUGGCAGGUUCCUUCUGACUAAGGAAGGAGAUCACAGGCUCUCCUGGACCCUGGACUCACAGCCACAGCCCAGUGGGCAGUUCCAGGCCCUGUUCCCUCUGGGCCCUGUGACCCCCACACACAGGUGGAGGUACAGAUGCUAUGGCUGUUACAGGAACCGCCCCCAGGUGUGCUCACACCCCAGUGAUGCCCUGGAGCUCCUGGUCUCAGGACACCUGCCGGACAGACCCUCCCUCUCGGUGCAGCCAGGUCCCAGGGUGGCCUCAGGAGAGAACGUGACCCUGCUGUGUCAGUCACAGAGCCCGAGGGACACGUUCCUUCUGUCCAAGGAGGGGGCAGCCGAUUCCCCCCUGCGUCUGAGAUUAAAGCACGGAGCUCAGCAGUCCCAGGCAGAGUUCUCCAUGAGUCCUGUGACCUCAGCCCACGGGGGCACCUACAGGUGCUACAGCUCACACAGCUCCUCCCCCUUCCUGCUGUCACUCCCCAGUGAGCCCCUGGAACUCCUGGUCUCAGGAGCAGCCGACACCACCAGCCCCUCACAGAACAACUCAGACCCCAAGAGUGCCUCCCAGGCCCAAGACUACACUCUGGAGAAUUCCAUCCGGUUGGGCGUGGCUGGAUUGGUCCUGGUGCUGCUGGGGGUGCUGCUCUAUCAGGCCUGAAACAGCCAGAGAAGGACCCAGGAUAUAGACAGGACGUGAACACAG